AUGGCCAAAGUGAUCCUUCAAGAUGGGAGGCUUCAAGAAUUUGCAUGUCCAGUUAAGGUUUCACAGGUUUUAGAGAAAAACCCCAGCUGUUUUUUGUCCAACAUGGAUGAUAUGGACUUCGACAGCUUCAUUUCCACCAUUAAUGGCGACGAAGAUCUUCAACCGGGUCGGCUUUACUUUGCCUUGCCGAUGAGCUGGUUGAAGAGUCCGCUCAGAGGCGAGAAGAUGGCGUCUUUGGUCGUGAAAGCGAGCUUGGCUUUGAAGAAGAGGAAGGGCGGUGGUGGGGGCCAUGGCGACCGGAAGUGUUGCGGGUCGUGUGGGGUGAAAACAGAUGAUGUUUUAAUGUAUACUACGGGCCCUAGGGCUUUGGAUCCAGGUAGUCCGAAGGUUGUCGUUGGCAGUGGAGUUGGACGUGGCAGCAGGGGUGCUGUCCGCGGUGUUGGUCGAGGAUCCAUGGUGAGGCAGAGACGCCAAGGCGGCGGUAGUCUUGGUCGUGGUCGUGGUCGUGGAAGAGGUCAUUUUGCUACAAAGUUGAGCGUUAUUAUAGAGGAAAAAGGAGAUGAUCAUCGGAGUUGA